AUGACUUUGAUCUUGGCUUUAACCAGUCCAUCUCAUUUGAAGAGUGCCAAAAUAUCUGCUUGAGCACGUGCUCUUGCAUUGCUUUCUUACCGGCUAACUGGAACUGGUGUUUGUUACCCUAAAGGCCUCCUGUUCAAUGGUUACAAGUCUCCUGCAUUCCCAGGAACUUUAUAUCUUAAAGUGCCCUACAGCACAAAUUUACAGGCCUCAUCAACACAAUCAGCUCUCACAUGCUCCCCUGGCAGUCAGGAGAUUGCAACACCUUCAGAUCACCCAAGAUGGCUAUAUUUCUAUAUAUUCCCUGGAGUAUUCGGAGCCUUGGAACUAAUUUUCAUUCUAACAGCUUGGUGGUUUCUUUCCAUAAGGAAUGACAUUCAGAAUUCAGCAGAGGGAGGUUACAUGAUGAUAAGAAAUCAAUUCAGGGGGUUUACUUACCAAGAGCUGAAGGAAGCAACAGGAAAAUUCAGGGAAGAGCUUGGAAGAGGUAGUUCUGGAAUCGUAUACAGAGGAGUACUCAAAGAUAAGAGGGUCAUUGCAGUGAAGAAGCUCAUCGAUGUCACACGAGGCGAAGUUGAAUUCCAGGCAGAAAUGAGUGUUAUCGGUAAGAUAAACCACAUGAAUUUGGUCAGGAUAUGGGGCUUCUGCUCAGAAGGAAAACAUAAGCUACUGGUUUAUGAAUAUGUGGAGAAUGAGUCACUGGACAGGUAUCUGUUCAAUACCAUGGGUACUGAAAGAUUGCUCGUGUGGAAAGAUCGUUUCAAUAUUGCCUUGGGAGCAGCAAGGGCACUGGCUUAUCUCCACCAUGACUGUCUUGAGUGGGUUUUCCAUUGUGAUGUGAAGCCUGAGAACAUACUCUUGACCCGAGAUUUCGAAGCCAAGAUAGCAGACUUCGGACUAUCAAAAUUGUAUAAGAGAGAGGGCUCCAGCUUCAACUUCUCACAAAUGCGAGGAACAAUGGGCUACAUGGCUCCGGAGUGGGCAACUAAUUUGCCAAUCAAUGCAAAGGUAGAUGUCUACAGCUAUGGAGUGGUGCUUCUGGAAAUUGUGGCUGGACAGAGAAUUUCAAGUCAUACAACCAGGGAAGGGAAAGUUACCAAGUUAAAGCAAUUUAUCGAGAAUGUAAAGGAAGCUCUUGCUACUGGGGAUACUAAGUGCAUAGUGGAUGGUAGGCUACAUGGGCAAUUUAAUUCUGAGCAGGCAAUGGUUAUGUUGAUAGUUGCUGUAUCAUGUCUUGAAGAAGAAAGAAGCAAGAGGCCGACCAUGCAUGAAGUUGUCAAAAGUCUCCUGGAUUGUGAAGAGUAAAUUGGUCAUUUUUGCUAAUCAAUGAACCUGAAAGCAGUAGGGACGAAAAGCAGUAAGAGAAGGAGUAAGCUUGGCAUUGAUAGCAAUGUUUUGCAAACAUAUGUACUUUCUGACCCAUCAAGGAAAAGGAUAAGGCAUUACUUGUAGUCCUGUGUCAUUUAGCCAAUAACCAUAUUUUGUCCUUUUCCUGUGAAAAUCAAGAUAAUGCAGUGUUUAGUUAUUGACUUAUUUUAAGAUUUAUCAGGAAUUUUAUGUAAUCUUUUAAAAAAAUGUAUUUUGUUUUUUUCUUUUGUUCUUGAGACAUACAAUUGUAGGUAAAUCUCUCAGGUUCUUUAAAGACAGAUAAGCCGAAAUAAAAGGGGUAUCUAGUCCCUGAAGCACUAA